CCAGUCCUCGCAGUGCGCAGGCGCGGAGCUUUCUGUCAGCGAGCCCCGCGUGCGGGCUCAGGUCUGUUUAGCAGCGGCGGCAGGUCAUCUCCGGCACCAUGAGUCGCUUCAGCAGCGAGGAGCGCGCCGCGCCCUUCACCCUCGAGUACCGAGUCUUCCUCAAAAAUGAAAAAGGAGAAUACAUAUCUCCAUUUCAUGAUAUUCCAAUUUAUGCGGAUAAGGAUGUGUUCCACAUGGUGGUUGAAGUACCACGUUGGUCUAAUGCAAAAAUGGAGAUUGCUACAAAGGACCCUUUAAACCCAAUUAAACAAGAUGUGAAAAAAGGAAAACUCCGUUAUGUUGCAAAUUUGUUCCCUUAUAAAGGAUACAUCUGGAACUAUGGUGCCAUCCCGCAGACCUGGGAAGACCCAGGACACAAUGACAGACACACUGGCUGUUGUGGUGACAAUGACCCAAUUGAUGUGUGUGAAAUUGGAAGCAAGGUAUGUGCAAGAGGUGAAAUAAUUCGUGUGAAAGUUUUGGGCAUACUGGCCAUGAUUGAUGAAGGGGAGACGGACUGGAAAGUCAUUGCUAUAAAUAUGGAUGAUCCUGAUGCAGCCAAUUAUAAUGAUAUUAAUGAUGUCAAACGUCUGAAGCCUGGGUACCUAGAAGCUACUGUGGACUGGUUUAGAAGGUACAAGGUUCCUGAUGGAAAACCAGAGAACCAGUUUGCUUUCAAUGCAGAAUUUAAAGACAAGGAUUUUGCAGUUGAUAUUAUUAAAAGCACCCAUGACCAUUGGAAAGCAUUGGUGACUAAGAAAAUCGAUGGGAAAGGUAUUAGUUGCAUGAAUACAACAGUGUCUCAGAGCCCCUUCAAGUGUGACCCCGAUGCUGCCAAAGCCAUUGUGGAUGCUUUACCACCACCUUGUGAAUCUGCCUGCACAAUACCAACGGAUGUGGAUAAAUGGUUCCAUCACCAGAAAAACUAAUGAAAUUUCUCUGGAAUACAAGCUGAUGUUGCUCCAUUCUUUUCAUCUGGAAGUCUUAGAUGCAUAAAUAGUAGUUUUUCAAAGCUUUAAGUUGAUAUAACUAAUCUAAAGCAAGUUCUGUUCUGACCCAUCACAUAUAUUGAGAAUGUUGUCCGUUUAAAGACAUUUUUCAUUUCUCAGCUAACUUAGUAGAUGCUUAUGUAUCAAAACAGUUGUUGUAAUUUGGAAAACUUAGUAGUCAUUUAUGAAUAGAUGUGUAAGAUAAUAAGCACAUUGAAUGUUAUGUGUACCAUGUGUUAGGAAAUAAAAUUAUUUUGCUGCAACU